AUGGAAGAAGCCCAACGUCAAAACUUAGAGAAUGACUUUGAGGGACAGGCCACCCAUACUGGUCCCAAAGGAGUAAUACAUGAUUGGAGGAAGUUUAAAUUAGAGAGUGUGGACCACGCUUUGGCCCCAGGCAGCAAGAAGGAGAUUUUCAGACAAAUGUCUUCACCUCAGAGCACUGAAAUUCAACAAGAAAGAUUCGGCAGGAAGAUGAGCAUUCAGGAAUAUGAACUCGUCCAUCAGGAUAAGGAAGAUGAGCACUGCCUUCGGAGGUACCGCCGGCGCUGCAUGCUGGACAUGCACCAGAAGCUGAGCUUUGGGCCGCAGUAUGGGUUCAUGUAUGAGCUGGCUAGUGGGGAGCACUUCCUGGAGACGAUUGAGCAGGAACACAAAGUCACUCCAGUCCUGGUUCAUGUCUACGAAGACGGCAUCAAGGGCUGUGAGAGCCUCAACUGCAGCUUAGAGCACCUCGCUGCCGAGUACCCCACUGUCAAGUUCUGCAAAAUCAGAGCUUCUGACACGGGUGCUGGGGACCGCUUCCCCGCCAAUGUGCUGCCCACGCUGCUCAUCUACAAAGGUGGGGAGCUUGUUGGUAAUUUCAUUAGUGUGGCUGAACAGUUUGCUGAAGAGUUUUUUGCAGGCGAUGUGGAGUCUUUCCUCAAUGAAUAUGGGAUGCUGCCCGAGAGAGAGAUACAUGCCCCAGAGCAGAGCGACUCUGAGGAGGACGUUGAAUAA